AUGGAGGAGGUGAUGGAGGAGGUGAUGGAGGAGGUGAUGGAGGAGGUGAUGGAGGAGGUGAUGGAGGAGGUGAUGGAGGAGGUGAUGGAGGAGGUGAUGGGGGGGGGGGGGGGGGGGGGGGGGGGGGGGGGGGGGGGGGGGGGGGGGGGGGGGGGGGGGGGGGGGGGGGGGGGGGGUGGGGGGGGGGGGGGGGGGGGGGGGGGGGGGGGGGGGGGGGGGGGGGGGGGGGGGGGGGGGGGGGGGGGGGGGGGGGGGGGGGGGGGGGGGGGGGGGGGGGGGGGGGGGGGGGGGGGGGGGGGGGGGGGGGGGGGGGGGGGGGGGGGGGGGGGGGGGGGGGGGGGGGGGGGGGGGGGGGGGGGGGGGGGGGGGGGGGGGGGGGGGGGGGGGGGGGGGGGGGGGGGGGGGGGGGGGGGGGGGGGGGGGGGGGGGGGGGGGGGGGGGGGGGGGGGGGGGGGGGGGGGGGGGGGGGGGGGGGGGGGGGGGGGGGGGGGGGGGGGGGGGGGGGGGGGGGGGGGGGGGGGGGGGGGGGGGGGGGGGGGGGGGGGGGGGGGGGGGGGGGGGGGGGGGGGGGGGGGGGGGGGGGGGGGGGGGGGGGGGGGGGGGGGGGGGGGGGGGGGGGGGGGGGGGGGGGGGGGGGGGGGGGGGGGGGGGGGGGGGGGGGGGGGGGGGGGGGGGGGGGGGGGGGGGGGGGGGGGGGGGGGGGGGGGGGGGGGGGGGGGGGGGGGGGGGGGGGGGGGGGGGGGGGGGGGGGGGGGGGGGGGGGGGGGGGGGGGGGGGGGGGGGGGGGGGGGGGGGGGGGGGGGGGGGGGGGGGGGGGGGGGGGGGGGGGGGGGGGGGGGGGGGGGGGGGGGGGGGGGGGGGGGGGGGGGGGGGGGGGGGGGGGGGGGGGGGGGGGGGGGGGGGGGGGGGGGGGGGGGGGGGGGGGGGGGGGGGGGGGGGGGGGGGGGGGGGGGGGGGUGUGGUCUUUAUAUCAAAAAAUUAUAA